UAUUUGUAACGUACCUACUAAUCCUCGCAGCGUCUCAUUCACUCGACGCUCCGGCCUGCACACUACUGUGUGUGUGCGUGUGUGUGUGCGCGUGUGUGUGCGCGUGUGUGUGUGUGUGUGUGAGAGGCAUCGAUAACUGUUAGUGGUCUAACGGUAGUUAGUUUUUGUCACAUCUCUUGAUUCUCUUGUGAUUCGUUUAAGCUUGAUUAAUCGAACUUAACUGAUUUGAACAGGUAAACGCGACAAUAGUCUUCCGACUUUCUCAGUCGGACCGUUACAUGAACGUGGACGUCACUCAACACCCGAAAUUCGCGAGGAAAAACCCAUCCCUCGCACGACGCGCGAACCAACACUGCUCGCACUUAAAUAUUCUAUUCGCGCUGCUUUGGUUUCACUCUUUUUUCUUUUUUUUAUGAACCACGAGUCCGGUUUACUCGGAUUAUUUGAUACGCGUAUCAAACAGUGCCAUUUCAGCCGAUCGGUCAAUGGCUGAAUCCAUUUACUAGUUAUUUACUAUUUGAUACGCGUAUCAAACAAUCGGUGUGUAAACUGGUGAUUGGUUUUACUCUGUUUUGUAUACUGGUUACUAUGUGAUUAACAUGUCGAGUUGGCGUAUGCAGUUCACGGAGUAAUUUUUGAACAGUAACCUUCUUAACCUCAUCGCCUAACAAUUUCCUGUGACUGUGGACGCCGUAAUUGUCGGGCGAACAGUCGAAAUAAGUGGAAACGCUCUACGUCAGCAUCCACGUUUAAAUGUCUAACUUGUCUCCAACGAUUAUUACAAGUUAAAUACAAUGUAUGUGUACGCAUGAAGUGUCGACCGAGAGAUCUAGCGAGCAAAAAUGUCAGCCGAAUACAGUCGGAACGUUCUGAAAAUAGUUGCCGCGCAGAUCUGCCAGACGAUAGGAUGGCACUCUAUUAAUUCCACGCCAUUGGAGUUCCUGGUGGAUCUCAUGCAGGAAUAUCUGUUACGCGUCUCGAGACUCACACACCAGUAUGCGGAAGUUUUGGGAAGAACGGAGCCGAAUCUUGACGACUUAGGAUUGACGUUUCAGUAUAUGAAUAUUGACAUACAGGAAUUAGCCGAAUACGUGAAAAACGUGGAUUCCGUUCCAUGUCCUAUGCAAGUCCCGCAGUAUCCAGUUAAGCGUGAGAAUCAUUUGAACUUUCUUAAAAAGGGUAGUCGCGAGGUUGUCACGAGACCAGUGCACGUACAUGAACAUUUGCCAGCCAUGUAUCCAGAUAACGAAGAAGAAUAUGCAUCGGAUAAGAAUGAAAGUUUAAUGAACGGCACGGGGGACCUGGUAUCAAGCAGUGGAGCAUCGUCGGGCAAUUCGAAUAACGCGUCACCUCAUAGAAUGUCGCCGCAGGUGGUUUUUAAACGACCGGGCGAUCCGGUGUCUCUCGAAAGUCCCUUAGCGAAGCGGGCGAAGGUCUUGGAGGAAGGUAGACCGUUACGUGAGAUAAGCAGCGUUAUGAUGACCACCUCUGGUUUUUUAUCGCCCGCGCGAGAAGGAAAGUUGCCUGAAGCGAGAACGCCGCAUCAGGUCCGAUCGGAUUCGCCGCAGCCGAGCUCUUAUCCGAUGGUACCGCCCGAACUGAAGACCGAGAAGAAACCGAAGAAGGUUGUGAAGAAAGCACCUGAGGAUCGUAAGCUCGACAAAGAGAACAAGAAGAAAAAGGGCGCGAAGGAAUUGUUCAAGCCGGACAAGAUCGACGAAAGUAAAGUUAAGAAAUUAGUUGGCAUGAAAGAGCUGGCUAAGUUAAAGCCGUUAAAGCCUGGUGGCGGCAAGGCACAGUCUACGUUACAAGAACACGCGGGUAGCAGGCCGUCCACGCCGAAGAUCGCAUCACCGAAAUCAGCCGCCGGCAGUCCGAAGCAGUCGAAGACAACGCAGCCGAAAGCUAAGACCGACAAGGUGGUAGAUUUGACGGACGGCCCUCCCGCCGUCGAGAAGAAGGAGGAAACCGUUGACAAGUUGCCGUCGGAGCCGGAUAAACAAAAGCUGAACAUAUUCAAGAAGAUAUCGAAACCGCGCGAGGAGAAGGACAAGGACAAGGACAAAGACAAAGACAAAGACAAAGAGGCAGCGGAGCCGCACAAGUACAAGGACGUUCUUGAUUCGCGCGAGAACUCGCCGGAGUUGAUCGUAAACGCGGAGAACGCGGAGAAGCACGCGCACCGUAAUGACGCGGAACCGAAGGCAGGACGCGAGGAGAAGAAGACGCCGCACACACCGGACGUGCACAUACAAUCGGACAGUGAUUUGGCAGACGUGCAGAGUUUAUCAUCGGAUGUUUACAUAUUUGACGGCGCUGACAUUUCGCCGCCGGGUACGCCCAGCACGCCGAAGACUCCCGAACUGAGUGUGCCAACAGUACCGGAGCAGAAGCGGAAGAAGAAGGAGAAGAGUGGCAAGAAGAAGGAACCUAAAUUGAAGAAUCCGAAACAAUGUAUUAGCCCGAAGAAGACGAAACCUUCGACGAAUGAUACGACAGAAUUGGACAUACCGGAUCGGCCGAAAACGCCGCAGGCCGAACUAAUACACCGAGAGCCCGUUCUUCCGAUGUCACUUCCGUUCCCCUUUUUCCCUCCAUUUCCUUCGGCGCCCGGUUUAAUUCCCCCGAUAUUCCCGCGAUUUCCACUGCCGAUCGGACGAAACGGACCAGGUCCUCAUCCCGCGAUGCCCAAUUUACCAUUACCGCCGCGUUUUUCCAACCUAGCCGUGAAGCCCGAAGACUUCCCGCUGUCCAAAAUUAAACCUGUAGAACGUGAGAGGCCACUGAUCCCCCCACCGGCCGAGUUAACGUCUUCGUCGAUUCUAGGCGAAAAUGAGAAGGCGGACAAAGAGAAGGUGGAUAACAAACUUACGAAAAUGUUUAAGCCAAGCAAAGAAUUGCCUUUCUUGAAAGUACCUGAGAGGGUACUGCCUGUAGGCGUUGCACCGCCUAUAGUGUCUGCACCUGUCGCACCAAUCACGCUUCCUACACCAACAGUACCCGUUGCGCAAAUGCCACCAUCGAAAAAUCCUAAAGCUGAAAAAACAGAGAAGAAUGACGUGAAGUCUAAAGAACAUAAGAAAGAAAAGAAGGAUAAGGUGAAGAAGAAGAAGGAUAAGAAAGAGAAACAUAAAGAUAAAGGCGAGAAAGUGAAGGAAAAGAAGGAAAAAGUUGAGAAACGCGAGAAGUUGGAAAAGAUCAAGGAAAAGAAGGAGAAAAAGGAAAAGAAGAAGGAAAAAGAUCAGAAUAAGAAGAAUAUGAAGGAGGAAAAGAAUCCAGAAGCUGUCCCAAAAAUUACGUUAAAAUUAGGUACAGCUUCUCCCAGACCAGCAACUCCGGAUAAUGCACCUAUGAAGAAAAUCACUAUUAAACCACUUGUGAAAAAGCCCGAUGAAGAGGUCAAGCGAGAACCUAGUCCAGAAUUGGCAAAAAUAUCGGCACUGGUAACACGACCGCCAAAGCAAAAGUCAGCAAGUAAGAAAACAGAGGAGGGAAUAUUAGAUGGAAGCCCUGCUCUUCCUACAGACUCUUUCUCUGCCAAUCUUACUAGCGCGCCACUUGCAUCAGUUCCUCGAGCAAAGAAAUCUAACUUCCAAAAUCUAUCUCAAAAGGUGAAAGCAGAUCCAGUUCCUAAAAAGGACGAUGCUAAGGAAGACAAAGAAAAUGGCAGGAACGUGCUGCCUACAACACCAGCCACUACUGUGGAUCGAGGGGGUCGUCAAGUGUGGAUAUGUCCCGCCUGCGGCAACCAGGAUGAUGGCUCGCCGAUGAUUGGCUGCGACGAUUGUGACGCUUGGUAUCACUGGGUGUGCGUUGGUAUGCAGGUUCCGCCAGCUGAAGACGAGGAUUGGUACUGUCGUUUUUGUAUAGCGAAGAAACAAGAACUGCUCCACGACAAGAAGAAGAAAAAGCGAAAAAAGAAAGUGAAAGUAACGGCCUAGUAUAAGUCAACCGGGUCUACCUAUGUGAGACCCGGUGUUAUUAUGCCAAAUAUUACCAAAGUCAAAGCAAAAGAUAAUAAGAGCGGCGUCAAGAGUGUGAAAACGAAAAAGGUGAGCAAGGGUGACGUUAAGAUGCAAAUGAAGCCGCUGAAAGGAAAAUCAAUAGCUAAAGCAAAAGCCACGAAGAGUGUAGUGAAGGUGAAGGCUGUAAAAAAGAAGUAGAAGAUUAUUACGUCAUGCAAUGUAACUUACAUAGCAGGAAUUGUAUUUUGUAAACUAUGGGACAAAUGUAAAUAACUUUGUUUUAUGCCAGCGUACAGAUAGUCUACAUCUGCAUCGGUAUUCUGUAUAACAGUAACGAUGUUUAUCGGUAUUUUAGUUAUUAAGAUUCAUUUAGUAAUAUUUGAGAUAUGGGCAAACGUCGUUAAUAGAAUACCUCCGCGUUAGACAGAUCUUCGGUUUUCUACUUUGUAUACAUCUAGGCAUCGUAUCACGAAUGCUGUGUAGUUUAUUACACCGCGACAAAUUUGUAGUAUAUUUUCGUAGCUCUUAAAAUCGCACAUCUUUUGCCUUAUGAUUUUAUUAGCAGAUUUAAUAUACGGGACACUGUGAAAAGUGCACAAUGUCCAUUUUUAAUGCAUAUGUUACAUGAAUCAAUUGUGUAUAAUUAUGGUGAUAAAUAUUGAAUUUCAUUUAUAUGUAUAAUCACAUGUAUAUACAAAUAUACGCAUAUAUGUGUAUAUAAUAUAUACAUAUGUACUUGUAUACAUAUGUAUAUAAAUGUAGUAUACAUACGAUUAACGGUGGUAGGAUAUAUACAUCAGUUUUCAGACAAAAUAUAAAUCAUAAAUUACUUUGAUAGCGAUUUUAUUGUGUUAUGCUAGUAGUCAAUUCAUUAUAAUUUAUAUUUAGCAUUAUAAUUUAUGCUAUAUUAGUAAUUUGUAGUAUUAUAAUUGUGUUGCAUGUACAAGAUGUAAGAUAUUUAAUUCUGGAUGUGUUUGUAAUAUACAGUGCGAGUCCGAAGUUGAGUUGAAUAAUAAACAAAAAUUAUUUGUUAGAUGAGUAAUAGCAAUAAGGUAUAAAUGCCAAUUUAUAAGAAUUGUGUCAGUCGUGUACGUUGUUCAAUUUAUAAAUGUUAUUAUUAUGUUUGUAUAAUUUUGUUUAUAAAAACAAUUGAAGAAUAUUGCUCGGAAAUUGAUUGGGAUCAUGAAUAUCUAUUGAUUAUACAAAGAUACUGUAACAGACUUAUGAAGGCUACUUGUAAUUAUGAUUGAAAAAGUUUGCUACAUAUCGUUAUACAUAUUUUAUUAUGCAUAUAAUCAAUUUGUUCAAUACACAUAGGUUUUUCUUUUAUAGCAUGGGAUGUGUGAAAGUACGUUCACGUAGCUCGCUAUUAACGCUGAAAUCUUUCUUUGACGUAUGAGUAACGAAGAUAGAAUGACGCUUUCAGCGCUACAUAGCGCUGAUAGUGAGUGCCCCGAACGCAUCCGUGGUUGUAUAAAUAUUAAAAUAAAGGCUUGUCAAUUUAUGCGAAUCAACAUCAUGAAAUGUGUACACACACAUACACGCGCGUGUAUAGACAUACACAUUUAGCUAUAUCGGACCAUCUAGACCACUAAAUGAAAUUAUAAUCACCUGCGAUAUUUAUUAUUAUAAUUAAUUUCUUUUGUACUUGAAAUCUGGAGUACAAUACAUACAAAUAUGUAAAAAUUUUACAAUUAUAAAUUCGUUAUUUACAUA